AUGAGCUCAAAUCAUCAUCUGAAUUCGUCGUCUGGCGAGAUAAAUCACAUUCACUUUGUCUCUGAGGAUAUCGAGGCGUUGUAUCUGUCUGAGGAGUAUGCGGACGUAACUCUAGUUGUGGCAGGUCAAAAGUUCCGUUGCCAUAAGCUUAUUCUUGCCGCACGUAGCGAGUACUUUCGCGCUCUGUUGUUCGGAGGCAUGAAGGAGUCAACGCAGAGUGAAAUAGAAUUGACUGUAUCUUCGUUGCACGCUUUCAAAGGCUUACUCAAGUACAUUUAUACUGGCCGCAUGUCUCUCACUAAUGAGCGAGACGAGGUCAUUCUUGAUAUCCUAGCGUUAGCACAUUUAUAUGGAUUUAUGGAUUUAGAAUCAGCUAUAUCUGAUUACCUUAAAGAGAUAUUAAGCAUAAAGAAUAUAUGUUCAAUUCUAGAUACUGCAUUUUUAUAUCAUAUGGAAUUUUUAACUAACGUUUGCUUCGAAUACAUGGAUGUGCAUGCAUCUGAAGUCAUACAACAUGAGAGUUUUCUACAUUUAAGUUCGGCCGCUCUAACUGAAUUGAUCUCCAGAGAUUCCUUUUGCGCACUGGAAAUCGAAAUUUUUUCAGCUGUACGAUCGUGGGUCGAUAACAACCCCGAUGUUAAUUCAACUGAAGUACUAGCACAACUAAGAUUGAGUCUGAUUCCGCUGUCAGAUCUUCUAAGUAUAGUAAGACCAUCUCAAUUAAUAUCACCAGACACACUGUUGGAUGCAAUCGCUGUACAGACGCAAACACCAGAUUCGGAACUUCCGUAUCGUGGCCAUUUGCUGAUCGACGAAAAUGUUGCUGAUUCGUCUUUUGAUGCUCAAGUAUUACAAGGGGAAAUGCGCAGCUACCUACUUAAUGGUGAUGUUCACAAUUAUGAUAUGGAGCGUGGUUACACGAGGCAUACCAUAUCUAACACGGAAGAGUAUGGGAUUCUUAUUAAAUUAGGAUCGCAGUAUAUCAUAAAUCAUAUAAAGAUGUUAUUGUGGGAUUUAGAUUUGCGAUCCUAUUCUUAUUAUAUAGAGGGAUCUAUGAAUCAAAAGGAUUGGACCAUGCUUGUCAAUUAUAAAGAUUAUUAUUGUCGCAGUUGGCAGUACUUAUAUUUUGAACCAAGGGUAGUGCUUUAUAUUCGUAUUGUAGGAACAAAUAAUACAGUCAAUAAGGUUUUUCAUCUUGUCGAUUUUGAAGCAUAUUAUACAAAUCAUACAGAGAAAAUUUCACAAGGCUUUAUUGUACCCAUCAAAAACAUUGCUACUACUAUGCGAAGCGCGUGUGUCAUUGAAGGUGUGAGUAGGUCACGUAAUAACUUACUAAAUGGAGACACAUCUAAUUACGAUUGGGACAGCGGUUAUACAUGCCAUCAACUUGGUUCGGGAUCUAUUCUAAUACAAUUAGGCCAGCCAUACAUGAUAGAAUCAAUGCGAUUAUUACUUUGGGAUUGUGAUGAUCGCUCCUACUCGUAUUACAUAGAAGUGUCAGGUAAUUCCUGGAAUUGGGUAUCAGUCGCUGAUAAAAGUGAGGAAGCCUGUAAGUCUUGGCAGACGAUACGUUUCCCGCCCCGUCCAGUAGUUUUUAUAAAAAUAGUGGGCGUUCGUAAUACUGCAAAUGAGGUGUUUCAUUGCGUUCAUUUGGAAUGUCCAGCGCAAGUAGAUGAUAAGAAUUCAAAAUCGCCAACGGACAAAGAAGCACAAACGUCAACAUCAUCGGACGGUAAUAAUUCCAUACUUCCUCUUCCUCCUCCUCCUCCUCCCGAGGUAGUUACAGAAGCGGUUCAUAUUGAUAGCGAUGAGUCGUAAUUAAAAUAAAGAGUCCACAUAAGACGAUGAAACAUGAGUAACAGCUCUGACGAUUAUUUUGUAGUUGCUGC